GUGUACUUAUUUUGGGGGGGGUUGUUUGGUUUGUUUUUAUUAGGUCUUUUGGAAAUCUUGAAGUCCCAAAGAUGAGGUAAUUGGGAAAAGUAAUCAAUAAAAACAAAGUAAAAGAUGCCAUCUUAACCUGAAGCUGCCCAAGAAGGAAUGUAGGAAUUAACUACGAAGCCCAGUUUCCAUACGAGUGACAAUGCUGGAUGUUUUAUUUAGUAAUCUGAAGGAAGAGUUUUAUGGAAAAGAAUUGAUUUUGGCUGACCGAGAAACAGUGGAACAAGAAGCAGAUAACAUUUUAAAAGAUGCUGAUGUUUGUGAUGUCGCAUUUCUUGUAGUUGGUGAUCCUUUUGGGGCCACGACACACAGUGAUUUAGUACUACGUGCAGUAAAACUGGGGAUUCCAUACAAGGUCAUUCAUAAUGCUUCAAUAAUGAGUGCAGUGGGCUGCUGUGGUUUACAGUUGUACAGUUUUGGAGAGACUGUUUCCAUAGUUUUCUGGACAGAUACAUGGAAGCCAGAAAGCUUUUUUGACAAGAUUGAGAAGAACAGACAGAAUGGAAUGCACACCUUGUGCUUACUUGAUAUUAAAGUGAAGGAGCAGUCUCUGGAGAAUCUAAUGAAAGGAAGGAAGAUUUAUGAGCCACCACGCUACAUGAGUGUGAAUCAAGCUGCAAAACAGCUUCUUGCCAUUAUUCAAAACAGGAGGCUCCAAGGAGAAGAAUCAGCAAUCACUGAAAACACAAUCUGUGUUGGCCUCGCACGUGUGGGUGCUCCGGAUCAGAAGAUUGCUUCAGGCACACUGGAGCAGAUGGCCACAGUCGAACUAGGUGGUCCACUGCAUUCCUUGAUUGUUACAGGCACUCUGCAUCCUCUGGAAUUAGAAAUGCUUCAGCUUUUUCCUAUAGCUGGUUCCAGUUUUGAACAGCAUGCGUGUCAAAGGACCGCUUAAAUAUAAACAAGGCAUUUACAUUUUUAUUCCUUUCUUAAUUUCAUGACAGCAUAAAGUUAUCCUUGUGCUCAA